AGAGACAUCUGGCAGCACCAAGAGUCUCAGAAAUCAGGAGGCUCUCCCUCUGAUGGGACCUGCACGCUUCCAUGGUGUUUUAAGAGAGGAUACGGUGGGAAGAAAGCAGAGGACUGAGGGCUAGUGGUCCUCGCUCCUCACUCGGGCUCCCCUGCUAACUGGAGCCGCUUCUCUCCGUGGGCCUCCCUCAUUGAGACAGUUGAUAUCUCACAGGACGGCUUCGAAUACCCUAGCAGUCUGUGAUCCCAGGAGCCCCCGAUCCCCCCACCCCUCCACGGGCCUAGCCGAGGCUGGGGAGCGAGUGGAGGUCAGGAGCGUGGAGGCCAGCCCCGGCCCCAUGGACCUGCCCCCGCAGCUCUCCUUCGCCCUCUACGUGGCCGCCUUUGCACUGGGCUUCCCACUCAACGCCCUGGCCAUUGGGGGCGCCGUGUCCCAUGCCCGGCUCCGCCUCACCCCCAGCCUUGUCUAUGCCCUCCACCUAGGCUGCUCUGACCUCCUGCUGGCAGCCUCUCUGCCCCUGAAGGCGGUGGAGGCCCUGGCCUUGGGUGCCUGGCCUCUGCCGGCCUCGCUCUGUCCUGCCUUUGCCCUGGCCCACUUUGCUCCGCUCUAUGCUGGCGGGGGCUUCCUGGCUGCCUUGAGUGUCGGCCGCUACCUGGGGGCUGCCUUCCCCUUGGGGUACCAAGCUGCCCGGAGGCCGCGUUAUUCCUGGGGUGUGUGUGUGGCCAUAUGGGCCCUUGUCCUCUGUCACCUGGGGCUGGUCUUUGGGUUGGAGGCUCCAGGAGGCUGGACAGACAAUACCAACAGCUCCCUGGGCAUCAACACGCCAGUGAACGGCUCUCCGGUCUGCCUGGAGGCCUGGGACCCGGCCUCAGCGGGCCCUGCUCGCCUCAGCCUUUCUCUCCUGCUCUUCUUCCUCCCCCUGACCAUCACGGCCUUCUGUUACGUGGGCUGCCUCCGGGCACUGGCCCGGUCAGGCCUGAGCCACAGACGGAAGCUGAGGGCAGCCUGGGUGGCCGGCGGGGCUCUGCUCACACUGCUGCUCUGCUUAGGGCCUUACAACGCCUCCAACGUGGCUGCCUUCCUGCACCCCGACAUGGGGGGCCACUGGCGGAAACUGGGGCUCAUCAUGGGUGCCUGGAGUGUGGUGCUCAACCCGUUGGUGACUGGCUACCUGGGAGGGGGUGCCGGCCGGGCGACAAGUGUGGCGAGAACGAAAGGAGGGACAUCCCAGAAGCAGCAGCCGCCGCUGGAGAGAAGGGGCACGGAGCAGGGGAGGCCGGCUGCUCUCGCAGGCCCCUGAUGGGGACUGAGCCGAAGGAACUGCAGGGCGGCCUUGCCUGGAAGCACCCUUGGAACCGCUUAUGGGAAGAACUGAGCCUGGCCGAAGACCACAUCCCAGUGGAGGGAAGACGGAGGCCAGGGGCCAGGUCACAGGAGGAAGGUAAGCUUGCCUCCGCAUACAUCAGCGUGACUCCCCACCUCUGCUACCUUCCACUUGUGCCUAAAACAGUAUCUA